AUGAAAUAUAGUUCUUAUUUGACAAAGAUUCCUGAAGGAUUUUUCCAACAAAUGCCAAAUUUGACAUAUUUGGAUCUUUCGCACACUGGUAUCAAAGAGCUUCCAAAGGACAUCCAUUGUUUGGUUAAUUUACAAUACCUAAACAUUUCAAACACGAAUAUCUCAUCACUUCAAAUGGAGUUGGUGUGUUUGAAGAAAUUGCAAUAUCUGAUAUGCAGAAAUUUGAAAGGGCUUGGCAAGGUAGAGGAUGGCCUCAUCUCAAGAUUACAAAAGUUGGAGGUCAUUGACCUAUAUCCAUAUGGGUGGGCAGAACCAGAAGAGUUAAAGUCGUUGAAGAAACACGUUCUCAAAGCAAUUGGAAUGCGUGUAGUAUCACAAGAGGUUCUCCAACAACUUUCAUGUUUACCAACUACUCGGCUUUAUAUAAAAAAUUUGGAUAACAUGAUCUAUCUUUCAUUUGAUACUUUAAGCUGCAAAGAUGAUGGAUUCUUGCAGGAAAUAAAAAUUAAAUCAUGCCCACAGCUUGAGCAGAUUGUGAUGAAGGGAAGGGAGACUCAUCUCAAUAAGCUUAAAAUCUCUAAUGUCGAAAAACUGCAGAACAUUAUUUGGAGAGAUCUACCGCCUCCGGAAUUUUUUCAUGUGUUGAAGUGGUUAUCUUUAUCAAGAUGUAAUUUGGAUAAUUUAGCUUGGGUCCUGCAUCUCCCAUGUCUGUCUUAUUUAAAAAUAAUAGAUUGUGCAGAGAUAGAAACGUUGUUUUACAUUGAGGAGAGGGUCAACAAGUUUGGUGUCGCCCAACAUUCCCACUACAUUGAAAUCACUAGUUAUCUUCUUCUAGCAACAAUCAAGAAUGAUGAGCAUUGA